AUCUCAUUGACGACGACCCAUGGCCCCCAGAACGCGAUUUCGCGAUGCUGUCGGAACGCGCCAACGGCCGCUUCAUCUUCGCCGCGACAAUCGUCCGGUUGAUAGACCAGGAUCAACCGCAAGAUCGCCUACCUUUGGUCUGCAGCAUGCUUCGCGGUCAUGUGGAGCGGGUCUGGGGAAGCGUCGACCGCUUGUACGAAUCCAUCAUCGAAAGUGUCGAUCUCUCUGUGCGCGAUACCGGACUCCAAUACCUCUCGCGCAUCAUCGCUCUUGCUGAGCCGUUAUCUUUGCCAUCCCUCCGUCUGAUUUUUGGCGCAGACGUGCACCCAUACCUUCUACCCUUCUCAGCUCUGAUAUCUGUCCCCGCGCCCGGCUCUGCAGACUUGGUCCAGAUCUACCAUGGCUCGCUGCGGGACUACCUGCAGACUCGUAGGCAGAUCGAGGGAGAUCACAGCGACAUGGCACACGUCCAUCACGAAUUGGCAUCCCGGUGCUUUCGCGUGAUGGCAAAGCUGCUCAAACGCGAUAUAUGCAACUUGCGAGACCCGUCACUCCUGCACAAGGAAUUUCCGGACUUCGUCGAACGACUAGACGCAAAUGUCGCAUCUGGUUUGCGGUAUGUGCAUCAUUACUGGCUUCACCACCUUUGGGGGGUUACUCCGGAUCUCGAGAUUGAGGGUCACCUACUCGAUUUCUUGGAGAACCGCCUUCUCUACGCGAUCGAGCUCUACUCACUCGUGGGCGAUCUGGGUGGUGGAGCCUGGAUGCUCAGGGCAGCUGGUAAACUCGUGCGAUAUACGGGCCGAGAGCUGACGUUGCUGGCUGCUCAGGGAUGGCCAGAUCAUUUAAUCCGUCGCAAAAGUGACAUCCUAGCUCUACUGUACGACGGCUGGCGCCUGACUCUGGACUUCUUCGAUGCCAUCAGCUCCUCUGCUCUCCACGUUUACGAGUCCGCCCUCCCCUGCUGCCCGGCCAAAUCGCACAUCCGCCGCGCAUAUGGACAUAUUAUCGCAGACGCAACCGUCUUCACAUUUGAAGAGGGCUUGGACAGCCAGUGGCCCUGCGUUAUACGCGUUAUAGACGACCACUUGGAACCCGCCGCGCUGUCCCCUGACGGUUCGGAGCUGGCAGCAAUCUCAUUGCAUGGCUAUGUGGGCAUAUGGGCUAUGGAUACGGGCCUGCUCGUCACUUCUCUGCGCCUCCUGGAAAUUGCAACGUUACGGGACGAUGGGUUUGUGGUGUACAACGGCUCAGUUGUUGCACUUACUAAUAGGCGGUACUGCUGUUUGUGGUACCCAUCAGAGGGAUUUGCUGUCGAGGUCGUCCUACCAGACAACAUUGCAUGCCAGGGUAUGACUUUCUCUUCGGAUGGAGUCGUCCUUGCUGUCCUUACUGUUGAGUCUGAGGCGCUGCAAGUCGCUGUCCGAGUCUUCGAUGUGGAAACCUGCGAGCAGGUCUCCGUGUUUCCCCUUCCUGACCACUAUCGAAGCAGUCUGCACCAGUAUGAGGCGAUCGAGUUCUGUCGUCAUUGGCAUCAAGUGAUGGUGGUCCUUUCUGACUCUGUGCUCAUCUGCGAUCUCGUCGGUAACAAAGUGCUCCAGGUCAUGCCAUGUUAUAACCCUAUUGGUGACACUAAGGAAAUCUGGCACUUCAUCGCCCCAGCUGAGGACUCCGUCGUUCACCUCGCAAUGUUACCGGAUUGCAAGGCAGAGGCCUCUUUUACCCCCGCAUUGCAGCAGGCGCACGAUGCACGCAGGCUCACCCCGCUCCUAUACCACGGGAAAAUGGUAGCGGCAAAAGUGGAUGACAAAGUCGCUGGGAUCUGUGGGAGGACUCGAACCAAUUGGAUUACUGCCGUCCCCGGCGAGGAGUGCUUCGGGGCUGUAAGGGAGUACAUGCACACCUCGAUCGUCGACAUCACCCUGGUGCUAUCUCAGUCACUCAGCGACGAGGACUCCGGCUCUUUGCUCGACGACCAUUCUCAGCUACUAUGCGCCUCAGACGGGGGCAACGUUGUCAUCUACAGAACACCAAACGAAUUCUCCUUCCUUGCUGUCGGACGCCGACCUGAUUCCGGCAGCUUCAGUCAGACUCUACGGGUUGAAACACAAGAGAACCAGAUCUACACCCACAAAGCCGCUUUCUCUCCCCGCGAGUCAUAUUUCGCAAUGCCCUGCGUGUCAUAUUCGCUCAAUCGGGCACACAUCUACGUAUGGGACUUCCGCGACGGCAGUCACAAGCUCAUCACAUUACGGUUUUCCGAUGCAGAGCGAGACUACGGGCGGUGGAUAGUAGACGACAUCCGAUUCUCGCAGGAUGAGACCACGAUAGUCUUCCUUUCGUGCAUCAGCCAGGGAUGGGCUAUUUCCAUGGUCUCUAUGACAAGCGACGGACUCAUGUCAGAAGUCUCCUUCGCCCCUCUAUGGAUUGCGAACUCGACUCCGAAGAACUUCAAGAUCGCCGCUGUCAGUCAACAUGAAGUCGACCUGUGGUCUCACUGCGAAGAUGGUUUCCAUCAUUUCCGCUGGAACAAGGCAACGUCAUCGCUCCAGAUGAUCGCAUCUAUCCUCGACCCAAGCCUGAUAUCUGUCACGAGCUCUCCGGGCUUCGAGCGGGUAUAUACGCACGGCUUUCGCGGCCGCUGUGUGAUGAACUUGCACGCGGUUGACGGGAUAAAGGAGUACGCGGCGGAAGAAGACAGCGAUGCGCCUUGUUGGGACAUCUGCUCUUGGUCCGACCUUUGCAUGGACAAAGAUGGGUGGCUUCGGAAGCGGAGACGCAGACUUUGCUGGCUCCCGUUGCGAUACAGGCCCUAUCAUCUCGGACAGAAGCCUUUGAAGUUGCUUAUGGAAGGAAAUAAGGUGACGAUACUGCACCUGACGGGUGGAAAGCGCAUUACUAUACAACUUCUUAACACAGAGAACGUACAUCCAAGCGUACCUUACGUGCUCUCAGGGACUUCGGAGGUUCACUUUUCUCUGUACGACGCGUUAGCUUCUUUCCAAUCGGAUACGAUGCACAAAACGAUGCAGCGGACUCGCAGUAGGUUCUCUGUUCUAGGAAUUUCGAGCGAGUGUCGCGAGGGGUCGUCUUCUACAGCACUGGUAAACUGGGACGGUGGUCCUCCGUUGUCGCCAUCCCAAACAGCUACUUGGUGCCAUUCGCUCUGGCGUCUUUUGAGAUGGCAUCGCAAGAAGUUUGGAGAUACGUUCGAAUUCAUGCUCUUACGUGUUGGCUCUGGGGUCUCAAAAAUGGCGAAUUCGAUGUUCGGGACACCUGAUAUUGGCGUCAGCCCAGAAGGGGAGGGGUCCAUGCAAGACGCCCUUAACAAUAUGUCGAUAUGGGCUUUGGAUAUACCAAACGCCAGAGAUGAGAAAAAGGGAGUUGACAUGACAAGGACCCUUGCAUUCGUGGGAAGUCGGAGGUUGAACCGCCGGCUGACAAAGAGGGACCCCGAUAACACAGCUGCCCCCGACACCCUUGAGCUUGAUCACCUCACCACUUUUGAGUCUGAGCAUCAAUCACUCGCUUUUAGACGUCCGUCUCUCUCACAGACUCAGACUUGGAUUCUCACCCCAGCUCAACAAUCAGAACGUCUAUCCAACGCUUAUGUCCCAUAA